AUGUCUCGAGCGCGGGCAAGACAUGUCCGUGAUGCGUUCGAGCUGGACACCGACAUGUGUCCGCGCUCGAGACAUAUCCGCGUCCCGCUCGAGCUGGACGCGGACAUGUAUGGAGGCCAGCUGCCCUUCAACCUGGUGGUGGUGAACAACCAACCCAACAGCAAACCAAUGAUGUACUCCGCACAUGCCCCGCCCGGAGGUGUUCUGAUCGGGGCCAUGACCAAGCUCGCCAAGGCAACCAACUCACACUUUAGCUUCACCUCCUCAAAGAACGUUGACUACGGAGCGUUCCUGGUGAGCGUCAACGGUUUGUCUGGGAACGACCAAGACCGGACAUACUGGGAGCUGCUGAUUAAGGGAGCAAACAAAGUCCUUAUCACAGCUGAUGUUGGCAUCAGCUGUUACAUUCCUCAAGCCAAUGAGACGGUUAUACUGAAUUAUACAAAGUGGUAGACAGAGAUCACCUCUCUGGAUUACUAGCAGCCUAUUCCAUGCAGAAAACAGGAUCCUGGAAACAAUAAUCAAUAAUCAGUUGAUUCACUUGAUGCCUAUUAUCAAGACAACUGGCCUCUGGCACAAAUCGUGCCUUAGUUUGGAUUAACAAAGACUACUGCAGAGGGAAGCACCUGAAAGAUUCUCUCAAAGUCAUCAUGAAUAAAACAAAUUUUCCUCCA